AUGACGGAUCCCCUGUACGAACUUCUCGUCCCCUAUUUUGACCGCGACGAUGCCUCCAAAUGCCCGCCUCCUCCCUCGACCGACGCCACCACCUCCAAGUACCUAAGCCGCUUGUCUACACUAUCCCUCUUGUCAUUGAACUCAACGGAGCUUCAGUCCCUUUCUCAGUCUUCUCACUCGAGCCUGGUCUCGCUUCAAGCGCUCGCCAAUCGCUCUCACAAGACAUUUAUUGCCUCCGCGGAUCAUCUAUCCUCUCUCCGAACUUCCCUGCCAAACCUUGCAGAAGACACCGCGAAACUACGAGAUGCCAUACCAAAGCUUGACGAGGAAGCCGUUCGCUUUUCCUCCAGAUAUAGUAAAAGCGCGGAGAAUCAGAUCCUGGAUAGAAGGAGGAAGGCAAUGCAGCUGGCUGGCAAUGUGGAUCGAUUGUCAGAUAUCUUGGAGUUGCCUACACUGCUUUCUACAGCGGUCUCCUCGUCUUCGAUUAAUGCCGGUGCGGCGGGCAAUGCGGCUGCCGGGACCAGCUAUUCGUCAGCCCUGGAUUUGUUUGCACACAUAAAGCGCCUCCAGACCCUGUAUCCUGACUCUCCAUUGGUAAGGGACAUCUCUCGCCAGGCAGAGGAUGCAAUGAGAGACAUGGCGAGCAAUUUAAUUGCGAGCCUUAGAGUACAGAAUAUAAGGUUGGCUGCAGCGAUGAGGACAGUUGGCUGGCUUCGUCGUGUGGCUCCGGAACUUGAGCAUCCAGCUGGGCAGGGCAAAGAUUCUACGCACAACGAAGGGGCGUUUGGCGCACUAUUUCUUGUGUGCCGGUUGGCAAAUUUACUGAAGAUGCUUGACGCUCUGGAACCGUUGCGCGAGCUUGCAGACCAAGAGAAAGCCAAACGACUACAGCAGAAUGAAAGGCAAAGUGAGAAGUCUAACGGCACCAGAAACUCGUGGUCUGGGGGGCACCAAACAGAGCGUUUUCUCAAGCGGUAUAUCGAGAUAUUCAGAGAACAGAGCUUUGCCAUUGUCUCUUUGUACAGGAACAUCUUUGCUCCAGCGCCUACUGAAUCAGACUUGGCGGCUGCUUCGAUCCCGGGCCUUGAUCUUCGAAAGCUCACUCUUGACGGAGUGGAAUCAAACCCGAAGACACUGGGCAGAACGGAAGACCCGCUGUGCCGUCUACCCCCCGCAUUAGCAACCUUCCCAAUGCAUCUUGCGCAACUUCUCAUGGCCACCUUGAACGCCUAUCUUCCCAACAUUCGGGACAAGGGGUCGCGGGAGAGUCUGCUUACCCAGGUGCUGUAUUGCGCUGCAAGUCUGGGACGUUUGGGUGGAGAUUUCAGCAUGAUCCUAUCGUUCUUGGAAGAAGAGGAAUCUGAGGAGGGAGGCGAGGACCUCGACCAAGGUACAGACACGGUUCCUGAAUGGGAGAAGGUCAUGAAGCAGCACCGUGUGCUGGCGGAGCGACUUGACUCUCUCACCGCUGGCAGGAGUGAGGGUGAAGGGAAACGUGUACAUAGACAAGCUACACCAACACAGGGUUAA